UUUUGUAGGGGUUUCCCUGGAUCUGUGAUGCUGUGGCCCUCAAGAAAGGCUUCCAAACGGACCCGGGAAGCUAACGGAGGCCAAAAUGGCGACGCUAUAUCAAGCGGGCACACGUCGUCUUCCUCCUCAGUGCAGCCACACUGUGGCGGCUGUUCCGUAUCAUCACCCCUGGCAGUAGUAGCAGUGUCCCGUUGCUUAAUCUACACAUCUGCGGUGAAAGGUGCUACUCACUUCGGUUUCGUGCGCGCGCUUUUCAAGAAGUUGACAAGGCAGAUCUUUGAAACCUGCGUCAUCGGCCGAGGAAUCUUCGCCCGUCUAUACUUGGGAAGCCACCGAUAGAACCAACAUCUGUGACGGAACGGACACCGCCGCUACUCUUGGACUUUGUGCGAUACCAGUCAACGAACCUUGGAACGUCGCUUACCGCCUAGACAGCCUACUAAUACAGCGGAACCUCAGUCUGCCUCUAGGGCGUGGUAACGGCACGGCUAUGGCUGCGCCGCUCACGCGAAUGCUCUUCUUUGUGCAGGUCAGUCAGAACGCAACGUGCGAUGGUUAUUCUAUUCUCAUUCUGCCGGUACCACUCCCAGUGCUUUUUGCGAGUGUAAGAGCUCAUGCCUGUCGCUUUCGACCUGUGUAUUGUAGGCGCUAUCGGUUUAAGUUGCCACGCCGUUUCGCAUUUUACUUUUUGUUGUUACAUGUAUGUGUUGACGUCAAGAUGAACCCAGGCCCCAACGAUACAGUUCUUAAACAGCUUUUAGACGGACAAAAGGAAAUUAAGGAAAAACUGGUUGCUAUUGAAAAACACCAAGCCGAAAGUAACUCUGCUAUAUCGGACCUCAAUGAAUGUAUGACUAAAUUAGGAACUGCACAGCGUCGUGUGACAAUUUAGGAACUUCACAGCGUCGUAAAGGGACACAAACAGAUUUGCGAAGUGCAGCAAGCUCAGCUACAUGCGCUUAUAGAUAAGGUUGAUGACCUUAAAAAUCGCAGUAGGAGGUGCAAUUUAAAUUUUUUAUGGUGUGGAAGAUGAUGAGCACGAAACGUACGAAAAGGCUGAGGAACGUAUUUUAGAAAUUUGUCAGUCGAAGCUUCAAUGUGCAAACGUAUCAAUAGGGAGAUCACAUCGUCUUGGAAGGCAUAAUCCAAAUAAAAAGCGGCCAAUAAUGGUCAAGUUCCUUUCGUUUAGGGAAAAGCAGGCAGUGUUAUCAAGCGCAAAAAAAAAUUAAGGGGAUCAGAUGUUAGUAUUUCAGAGGAGUUUUGCGAGAGCGUGCGCAAAAAGCGGAAACGAUUGUGGGAUUACGCUAAGGCGAAUCAACUGAAGACUGACAAAGUAAACCUCAAGUUCACUACUCUUUAUAUAAAUAAGGUGAAAUACGUCUAUGAUAAAUUCCUGGACAAAGUUGUGCAAGCAGACUGACAGGAACUGAAAGCGGGUGGAUCGGUGCUUUCUUUUCUUAUUGUGAAUUGUGAAUUACAGAACCAUAAGAAAUAAAAGAUGAAUUUUCUAGCCUCGUUCAUA